CGCCCGCAGCUCGGGGGAUGGAGAAGAGGGCUCGGAGCUCCUCCAGCGAGGCCCACGGGAGAAGCGGCGGGUCCCUCCACAAGGAGAACAAGAGGAGGAAAGCAGAGAGGGGCCGCGGGAGCCGCGGGCGCAGCGAUGCUCCGCCCGAGCGACGGGGCUCUGGGCGGGCGCGGAGCCCCGGGGAGCCCCGAGCGCCAGCCGCCACGGUGGUGGACGUGGAUGAGGUCCGGGGCUCCGGCGAAGAGGGCACCGAGGUGGUGGCACUGCUGGAGAGCGAGCGGCCGGAGGAAGGUACCAAGUCCUCUGGUUUAGGGGCCUGUGAGUGGCUUCUUGUCAUCACAUCCCUGCUCUUCAUCAUCGUGACCUUCCCUUUUUCUGUCUGGUUCUGCAUAAAGGUUGUACAGGAGUAUGAGAGAGUGAUUAUAUUCCGACUAGGACAUCUGCUACCUGGAAGAGCCAAAGGCCCUGGCCUUUUCUUCUUUCUGCCCUGCCUGGAUACAUACCACAAGGUUGACCUUCGUCUCCAAACCUUGGAGAUACCCUUUCAUGAGGUUGUGACCAAAGACAUGUUUAUAAUGGAGAUAGAUGCCAUUUGCUACUACCGAAUGGAAAACGCCUCUCUCCUGCUAAGCAGUCUUGCUCAUGUGUCCAAAGUUGUCCAAUUCCUUGUGCAGACCACCAUGAAACGUCUCCUAGCACAUCGAUCCCUCACUGAAAUUCUUCUAGAGAGAAAAAGCAUUGCCCAAGAUAUAAAGGUUGCCUUGGAUUCAGUUACCUGUAUUUGGGGAAUCAAAGUGGAGAGAACAGAAAUUAAGGAUGUGAGGCUGCCAGCUGGGCUUCAGCACUCACUGGCUGUGGAAGCAGAAGCUCAAAGACAGGCUAAAGUGCGGAUGAUCGCUGCAGAAGGGGAGAAGGCUGCCUCAGAAUCCCUGAGGAUGGCAGCUGAGAUUCUAUCAGGCACCCCAGCUGCUGUUCAGCUUCGAUACCUCCAUACCCUUCAGUCUUUGUCCACAGAGAAACCUUCCACUGUGGUUUUACCGCUGCCAUUUGACCUGCUAAAUUGCCUGAGUUCUCCCAGCAGUAGAACUCAAGGAAGCAUCCCCCUUCCAAAUCCUUCAAAACCUGUUGAGCCACUGAAUCCUAAAAAGAAAGACUCUCCCAUGUUAUAGGGAAGGCCUAAGGACUGUCAAAGGGCCUUUCAUAUAAAAGCCACAUCACUGAGUAAGGCACUCUGUCCUCACUUCCUGCCCUUUCUUUGGUUACCAUGUGGAAUACCGUAUGGGAGUCACAAUGCAGGAACACAUGAGAAGAGAGUGAAAUGAUGUAAUGACAGAAAAGCCAUAUAAUAAGUUUAGGUGGAGUAUCUAUGGGAAAGAUCCUUAGCCAGAAUUCUAUUUUGGAAAGAAUUUUGAGUCU